GGUUUGUAUGGCUUUUCAUAUGCUUUAAGCGUUGAGUUGUGUUGACACACAUUGACAUACAUUUGUCUGCAAUUGAUUCCCAACUGAUUGACAAUAGAUUUGAUGGCAGUGUUGAGCGUCGACUGAUCUGAUCCCUGCAGUGACUUCUCAGCCAAUCAACACAUCGACCACAACAACAACAACACACACAAUGUCUUCUUCGGGUGAUUUCGGUAAUCCUCUGCGAAAAUUCAAACUCGUCUUUCUUGGAGAGCAAAGCGUGGGCAAGACAUCGCUGAUCACGCGUUUCAUGUAUGACACGUUUGACAACACAUAUCAGGCGACCAUCGGAAUCGACUUCUUGUCCAAAACCAUGUACUUAGAGGACAGAACAGUUGAGUCCAUAUUA